AUGAGGAGUAAAAUCAGGCCCACCAAAUCCAGGAAAUCAAGAUCCCACAGUUCUAGGCCUGCCAAGAAGAGUGGGAGUCCAAAAACAUCCAAAAAGAGGUCAUCCAGUGCCAAAUCCACCAAGAAAGAGGUUGACAUCCUCAGCCCAGCAGCCAUGGAGAAUGUCUACUACAUUUCUCAUAAUGCAGUGGACUGUUUGGAGUUCAGAGGCUUUGGGUGGCCAAAGUCCAAGAAUAAGAAGAAAAAAAAGAACGGUACAAAACGGAAGAAGAAAAAGUAAUUAUAUUUUGCCAAAGCUAAGAUACUUUUUUCUAAUACACUCGGGUGACUGGGAUAGUGAAAUGUAAUGCCUAAUGGC